CACUACCACAGCAGCAAGACAUCCAAAAGCAACAACAACAAGCUCAUCAGCCAUGGCGUCCUCUCGCGUUCUCCAACAGAUCGCUCUCGUUCUCCUCGUCGCUGCGGCAGCCACCGAUGCGGCCACCAUCACCGUCGUUAACAAAUGCUCUUACACAGUCUGGCCCGGCGCGCUCCCCGGCGGCGGCGUGCGGCUCGACCCGGGCCAGACGUGGCCUCUCACCAUGCCGGCCGGCACCGCCGGCGCCAGGGUGUGGCCGCGUACCGGGUGCACCUUCGACGGCAGCGGCAGCGGCCGUUGCAUCACCGGCGACUGCGCGGGUAGGCUGGCCUGCGCCGUCUCCGGCGAGCAGCCGACAACGCUUGCGGAGUACACGCUCGGCCAGGGCGGGGCCCAGGACUUCUUCGACCUGUCCGUCAUCGACGGGUUCAACGUACCGAUGAGCUUCCAGCCCGUGGGCGGCGCUUCGUGCCGUGGCGCGAGCUGCGCCGUGGACAUCACGAAGGAGUGCCUGCCGGAGCUGCAGGUCGCCGGAGGGUGCGCUAGCGCGUGCGGCAAGUUCGGCGGCGACACCUACUGCUGCAGGGGCCAGUUCACGGACAACUGCCCGCCGACCAAGUACUCGCAGUUCUUCAAGGGGAAGUGCCCUGACGCGUACAGCUACGCCAAGGACGACCAGACUAGCACCUUCACCUGCCCGGCCGGAACCAACUACCAGAUCGUGCUUUGCCCUUAGAUGAAGCAUGGAUAUAUAGAUAGUCGAUAGUCGAUACCUAUAAAUAAGUUGGUGCUUGGAUCAAUAUGUACUACUCUAUGUAGUCUUCUACAAGUGAGCAUCGAUCAUUUGUAUGUGCUAUGCAACAUGUGCAUACACAUGCCUG